UAGAAAAGUGCGGUAGCAGUAGCUUCUGCCGAGUUGGUAAUAACAAAAAUUCUACUCAACCACCGGCUUACUAUCACAAACUACACACGACAAAUCCGGUCUGUGCACCCAACCACCGGUUUCCCCUCUCACCCAUCCCUCCCCUUCCCUCAUAAUCGGUCACUCGAUCCUUCUCUCUCGUCCAGGCAAGACAGAUCUUCUCCCUCAACCCAUCUCUUCUCCCUCAACCCAUUUUCCUCCAGAUUUUCGUCCCUGUGGUGCCUACUCUCCCUGAAAGCUCAAAUUUUUCAAAGUUUUAUUUAAAAAAUUAUAGAUUAGUUGCUAAAAUUAAAUUGUGCAUUUGUUCUUAAGAGUACGCACCACAAGGACAGGACUUCAUAUUAUGAACCCAUCAUUUUAGCAUUAUAAUGGCAAAAGAAAAAGAAAAAGAAAAAAAGCAUACGCUUUCUCAUCUAACAACUCUGGUGAAAUAUUGUCCUAUUUUGUACUUCUUUACAAAUAAUUGGAGUUCACACAAUUCAUAUUUGCUUACAGGCACAAGACUUCCGCACCACAGGGACGAAAAUCUGGAGGAAAAUGUAGCUGCAGAACAUGAAGAUCAAGCUGAUUGUUUCUGUUGGUAGUUUUUACACGCACAGGACCAAGGUGAGCCCCUCUCCGUCAAUCUCUCUCCUUCUUUAUGGAUGUUGGUACUUCUUAAUCCUUUUUCCCACUUAUGUUUUUUCUCCCCUUUUUGGUGUCUGAUUUGAGGAAAUAAUGGAGAAAAUUGUCAGCGAUCUUAUCACUUUUGGCGGUGAUUUUGCAUUAGUUUUUUGUUUAUGUUUGUGCUUAAGCUGUGAAGAUGAGCUGGGUGGUGGGCGAAGAACGACGCAGAAGGGUGAAUGGAGGGAGAACAACACGGGACAACGUAUGCCGGGAGGUGUUUGAGAAAUUGAAAUGAGUCUAAACGCACGCACGGUCUAAUGUUUUCAAAAAAACAAAAUGCCACCUAUGCUGGUGUGGGGAGGUUAGAUGAACAGGAGGCGGUUGUAUAGCUUUACUGCUUAUCGUUUCGCAAAAGACAAUAAUAGCUUCGAAAUUCGAAUCACUCAUGUAUAUAUAAAUAUGAUCUUUUCUUCUUUUGUUUUUCUUAUUCAUAGCAGCCUUCUGGUGACUAAUUACGCAAGGCCAGGGGAUAUGCAUCGCGCAAGUGAAAUAUUUGAGAGAAUGCGAGCGAGAGGAAUAGAACCAACUGCGCAUGUCUGCACCAGCCUUGUUCAUGCUUAUGCAGUUAGUAGAGACAUGGAAGAAGCAUCAUCUUGUGUCAGGAAAAUAAAAGAUGAGGGAAUUGAAAUAAGUUUGGUGACUUGCAGCAUUAUUGUUGUGGAAUUUGCAAAAAUAGGCACUGCCGAAGCUGCAGACCACUGGUUUAAGGAGGCCAAAGACAAACAUACAACUCUCAAUGCAAUCAUCUACUGCAAUAUUAUUUAUGCUCACUGUCAAACAUGCAAUAUGGAUUGAGCUGAGGCAUUGAUAUGUGAGAUGUAAGAAUCGGGCAUAGACGCUCCUAUUGAUAUAUAUCAUACCAUGAUGGAUGGUUAAAACAAUGAUUGGCAAUGGAAAUAAAUGCCGGAUUGUGUUUGACCGACUCAAGGUAAAAUUAUAGUUUAUGAGAAUUUUUCUUGUCUGGGAUGAUACAUUGGUAAUGCCCACUAAGUCCCACAUCGGUGCUUUAGAAGGUAGAACUGAGCUUUAUAAUGAUUUCAAGAAACUCCAAUUAUAACAUUGACUAGUUCUUUUGGAGUAUAAGUCCAGAUGUGACUUGAACUUUCCCUAGGUCUUUAUAACAUAUUUUAUGUAUGCAUUCAGUAAGAUUUUUAGUUUCUAUCGAAACAUGCGUCUAAGAGGGAAAAAGGAAAAACCUCUUCGUGGAUGCAGACGUAAGAAAGAAAUUUUAUCAAUAAUGGGAGGAUAAAGUACUGUAGAUGUUUUACAGUCUGCCAUCAAUAUGUAGUUCAUAACUUUUGUCUGUCUUGUAUCAUCGUAUGCUAACACGCUGAUUGUGAUGUAGGAAUGUGGCUUUAGACCUUCAGUUAUCAGUUACGGAUGUCUCAUCAUCUUUACACUAAGUAAGGUAUAAGUUCUGUUUCGUGUCUUUUGUCCCAAUAGGGCAUGGUGUAUAUCGAAUAGGUUUCUAAUUUCUCCCUCUUGGUCAAUGUUCAUUAGGGGCUCUCUAUUAUGGGCUAAGUGUUUUCUCUUGUAUACACCUAGUGUACUUGGUUACGUCUAUUGAUAUUAAUAUAUUUUUACUUAUAAAAAAAAGUAGUUAUUUUUUUUCUUUCCAUAUUAGACUUGUUGGGCUAUCUUUGUUAAAGGAAUACAAAAAGACUGCCUGUGGUUUUAUUCUUUUUGCUUA